CAGAGGCGUCUCGGUUGGCCAGUUCCACUUGGAUGCGGCUGGCCAUUGAAGCGCAUAAUUUGUGCGGAAAUAUGCAAAUAAGGCGAAGAAAAAAAUUGAUUUGUGGUGACAGACAGGCUGAACCUUUCGCCAGUGAUUGGGCCAGUAUAUAAAUAGCCAAGAAGUGCCAUAUUUCACGCUUAGUAUUUAGAGAAACGCGUGGAUUAAAUCAGCUGCGAGACGCGCGUGCAAAUCAAAAAGAGAGAGAGAGAUAGAGACGAAGUGAAGGAGAGACAGAAACAUCGAAAUUCAAUCAACAGAAAACUGCAAUGAAGAAGCGACAACGCACAAGCAAACAACCAAAAGCAACAACAACAACUUGGACAACAACAACAACAUUUGACAGUUGUUGUUUAAGCUUCCGCAUUACGUCGACUGCGUUGGCACGCGUCAAACGGCAGUUGUUGGGGCUGCCAGUUCAUCUGCUUUUGGCUCUGGUGAUCAUCUGCUCGCUCGGCGGCUGCUGCUCCGCUGUGGGCUAUUCGUAUGCGAGAUUCGAGGGUCCGGUGGCGGGGCCGGAGCGUCUGGUCACCGUGCAUGAUGACUAUGGCGGCGGCACGCACUCGGAUUAUGUGGCACGACCCGAAUAUAGCUUCGCCUAUGGCAUCGAAGACGGCGAGGCGCGCGUGCUGCAGAAUCGCAAAGAGACGCGCAACGGGGACGAGGUGCGCGGCGUGUACAGCGUAGUCGAUCCUGAUGGCACACUGCGCGUGGUCAAGUACACGGCGGACGAUGCGAACGGCUUCCAGGCGGAGGUGAUUACCAAUGGCGUGGCCACGCUGCAUGGCCAUGGCAGCGAGGCGGGUGGGCCAGCUCAUGUGGAGCAGCAGGUGGAGCAUGAGCACGACAACGAGGUGGAUGAUGAGGCAGACGAGGCCGGCGCUGAAGAGGAAGAGGAGGAAGAGCCACAGCGACAGCAUAAGAAACCUGCCAAAGGUCAAUAUAAAGUGCAUGAGCAUCAUGGCGACGAGGGAGACGAAGGUGGGGAGGAGGAGGAAGAGGGCGACAAUGAAGGCGGCGGCGAUCAUGAGGAAUACGAAGGCAGCAGCGAAGAGGGCUACGAGGAUGCCCACACGCAGAGUAAGCAGCAGGAGGAGGAUGACAGCGAUGAGUAUUAGAAUACUUGGUAUUUUUGUGGUAUUUAACUUGUUACAAAUUAUCGCAAAAAAUAGACUAAGCUUUGUUACUACUAAGUUUUCUGUGUGAUAUAUGAAGAAAUUUAAAAUGAAUCAUCUCCAAUGCUCACAUCCAUUGGUAUUUUGUAGGUUUGCAGCUGAGUAGACGGCGGAAUAUACCAAUAAAAAUACUUUAAAAUAGUAAAGGUUACGAACAGAAU